AUAGGCUUUUAAGCAGAGUGACUGUGAGAGUGAAUGAGACAGCGUUUCUCUGCCUUUUAUUUUCUUGGUAAUUAACAUUUUUCAUCCUUUGCGUAGUUCCACUUACUUUCCUUCUUCUUUCCUUUGCUCUUUGCCCUCUCUCUUCCUCUUCUAUUUUUCUUUACCCCAACCAAAAAAAAAAAAAACACAAACAAGAUUCAUUGCUUAGUUAUAAAGUCACGGUACUCUCUCUUUUCCUAGUAUUGUAUUUGUACUCAGUCUAACUCACUAUGUCAUCAUCAGCUUCAGCUCUAGCUUCAAUGGAAGAACAAUCAAACUCACAAAGCUCAACACCAAGCAUGAAGAAUCUUCUGCAAGCACACCCUUUUUAUGUCGGUUCUCGUCAUCUUCGUGGGCCUGAGAGUCAAUUAGACUGGACAGAUGAUCAUCUGCUGAAUCUAAAAGGGAUCAUCUUGAGAAGGUAUACUACUCCAGUCCAAUUGGUUCCUGUUGUCAAAGAAGGCUUGGCUUCGUUGCAGGGAACAGUUUCUCAUAGAACCAUUGGAGCUUUGAUGGUUUCGGCAUGGAAUCUGUAUUAUUUUCCCGAGAGAAAAUAUGUUUUCCCAGAAGUUCCUACAAACACAACCCCAGAUGACAUAGACUACACUGCGUUAAGAGGGAAGGAUAAUCCUGGAGGAGUAGAUGAAAAGAUUUAUUGGCCUGUGGAUGAUUCUGUAACCUGUGCUAUUGGAGCUUAUGUUGCUGCUUGUUUGCUUCGACUUGCAACAAAACCCGCCAGCAACUUUGUCAAUGGAUGGAAGCACAUCAAGAGUCAGUAUUGUGACAUCAAUAAACGUCCUUUUUUGAUUAGGGGACUGAAUCCCACUAAAGAAAAUCUGGAUUCCAUUCAGACUGCGUUGUCCGAAUGGCCAAUUUUCAGGAAUACAUUAGCUAGAUUUCUGUAUCAUUUCCAUGAGUUAAGAGGGCAUGUCAAAGGGCUUGCUAGAUUUGCAUUUGAGCAGCAUCUUUCACUUGCUGGACUGCAUGGUUACCAACUGUUUAGAAGAGUUGCUACAAAGCUUAAAGCAACGCCAGAUGAACUUUCUCAAGCUUUGAAUCACCGAAUGACACAGCGUGGGCUGGUGAUUAUAAACACCAUUUUACAGGGUUUUGCAGGUUCAACUGAUGAUAAGCAGAGAAGGCAGACAUGGAAGUAUGCUCGUUUGUUUGAUGAAGAAAUGUUUGUUGACCUCAUGACUAAAAACUGUGGCGAACUCACUUUCAUUUUAGCUAUGAUUCUGGAAAAGAUGGGUGAGGAUCAAGGUGCUGCAAUUUGCUUUGAAAAGACGAAAACCGUUGAAGAAGGUGGAUAACUUUUGAGGGCAGAACACAAGCUUGGCUAGUGUCUUUGAUAUCUUAUUAUCAUUUCUGUUCUGCAAUCUUAAUCAAUGUGUGUAUAUCUGUAGUUAAACAAGCAUGGUUUAUAUCAUCAGUUGUUAGUUUCUUGCUUGUCUAGAGAUGUUCAAAUUGAGAGCUUGUUAGUUUCCUCUAUAAUGGUGUUUUUAUAUAUGUAUUAAAGCUUAAAGUGUUGCUUACUUUGAAUUA